AUGUUCCUCAGGCACCUGCGCAGGAAGCGCGCGGAGGCGGAGAACCAGGCCGCUGGUGAUGCCAAGCCCGAGCCCCUCAACCAGUCUCUGGGUAUGUGGGGCAGCAUCACUCGGUCCCUGACGAGCAAGAGGAGCGUGACGACCACGAUUGACAAGGACCAAGCCGCGACUGAAGCCGCCCCUGCGCCGGCCGCCAAAGAGGCCGCCCCCGCGCCGCCCGCGGCGGCUGUGGAGGCCGGCGGGGUGCCCGCGAGCUACCCCGGGUUCACCCCAUUUGUGGCCGGUGUCGCGAAGUACAAGGAAAUGUACCAGCGGUCCAUUGAAGACCCCGAUGGCUUCUGGGCCGACAUCGCAUCGGAGUUCCAUUGGGAGAACAAGUGGGACGAGAAGCACGCGUCCUGGAAUUUUGAUGUGCGCAAGGGCCCGAUCUACGUGAAGUGGUUCACAGGGGGCACCACCAACAUUGCAUACAACUGCCUCGACAGGCAUGUCCAGGCGGGCAGGGGGGACGUGCCCUGCUUCCUGUGGGAGGGCAACGAGCCCAAGGACUCGACAGUCAUGACGUACAAGGAGGUGGGCGCUCCGCCUGGGGUAUAUCUGGGGUGUUGA